AUGAUUUAACCUAAAAAUAUAGUAUGUAUUGUUACAUUUACUAAGCAUGUGUUGUUUUAAUCAAAUAUUACAGUCACAAUUAUAGAAGCAAGGAAUUUAAUAUCAAGUAGUGCCGAUGGAUCAGAUCCAUUCAUAAAAAUAACAGUCGCAAAUUUAGCUCCAUAAGUAACCGAUAUGAAAAAUAAUGCAAAUACAGUUGUAUUUAAUUAGUCAUUUACAUUUACCAAUUUAAGACUAAGUGAUGUCGAAUUUGAAGGCACGGAAAUUUUAAUUUAAGCAUUUAGUUAAAAUCCAUUUCGUUAAAAUGAAUUAAUAGGACAAUAAUCAAUAGGAAUUUCUACUUUAUAUAGAAGUAAUAAUCAUGAGCUUUUUAAGGUUUGGUUGCCUUUAAUAAAUCCUUAGUUUGGUAUUUAAGAAAGAGGAUUAUUAUUGGUUUCAUGUUAUAUAAUAGGAACUAAUGAUAGACCUCCUGUACAUGAUAUAAAUGAAUAUAAUGAAGAAGAUGAUGAAUAAUAUAAUUUUAUAAAUAUACCAGAUGAUUAAUUAACAAUGGAAUAAAUAGAAUUAAAAAAAUUAGCUAAAAGAGGUGUUGUAACCUUAAAUAGACCGGUAUUACCUUAAGAAUAAUUUCAAUUGAUUAUUGCAAUAGCUAAAGGGGAAGAUUUUCCAAUUCUUUCUUAUAAUUCUUGUGAUUCAUUUAUUUCUAGCAGAGUAGGUAGUAAUGUACUUGCAACUUAAGUAUUUAAAAAUACUUAAAAACCUAGUUUUUAAUUAAAGUUUAUUUUUCCCAUUCAUAUUCCAGUAUUUAAUGAUAAAAUUGUUUUAAGAGUUUGGGAUAAAAGAAAAUUAACGGCAGAUAACUUUAUUGCUAGUAUACCUGAAAUACCUAAUUCUAAUGAUUGGUUUAAUAUUAAUACUUUAAUUUCAAGGGGUGGAACUAUGCCUUUUAAAUGGUAUCAUUUAUAUGGAAUACCUCUAGAAGAAAGGACUGGAGAAUUUGAUUAAUUAGUAAAUGGAAAAGUGAAAUAAAUUGAAGGGUCAGCUUACUUUGGCAGAAUUUUAAUUUCUUUAUCUAUUUCUCCUAAUAAUAAUGCUUCCGUAUAAAUAUAAAAUCUUACUAUUUAUAAAGAACCGUAAUUAUAAAGAUAUAUUUUAAGAGUUGAUACAUAUGAAAUAUAAAGUUUAUAAGAUUGUGGAGAUUAUAUUAUUGUGUAAAUUUCUUUUGCUGGAAAAACAUUAAGAAGUAAAUAUUGUAAAAAAGUCAAAACUAAAGAUAAUAAAUCAUUAUAAAAUUAAUAAAAGAAAAAAGAAAAUAUACAAAAAGUUUAUAUAUAUGAAUGGAAAUAAUCUCAUACUGCGAUAGAAGAAGAAUUAAAAAUUGACAUUCCUUAAGAUGAAGAUUAAUAACCUGAUGUUAUAAUAUCCUUAAAAUCUGUUUAAUUAGAUAAAAAUAAAAUAACUAUAAAAGACAAAGAAGUCCGUUUAGCUUAUAUGCGAAUAAAAGCUUAAUCAAAUGAUUUAAAGGAUGAAUAUCCUAAAUGGUAUUAAAUGAAACCUAUAAAAUAUAGUACAUUUUUUGAAAUUCAUUCACAUGCUUUAUUAAAUGUAGAGUUAAAAACUGAAAACUUGGCUAAAAGUAAACCUAGGCAUCAUUUUAAAAGAAAUAUUAAAGUUUUUUAUAUUUUUAAGGCUUAUAUUUAUGGAGCAUAUGAUUUAUGUCCAAAUGAAUUUUCUGAGAAUAUUUUAUGCGAAAUGUUUAUGUAAUUAGGCAUUAAAUAGAUACCAGUAGUUAAAGGAAAAUAAGGUAAAAAUGUUAUUUGGAAUGUCUUUAUUUAAGAUGAAAUUUAAUUAGAUGAAAAAUUAGAAUUCUCUUCAAAUAUUAUUUUAAAUUUUACAAAUCUUAACGCUAAAGGAAUUAUGGGAACUAAUUAUUUAGUUGAUUAAUCAAUAGAAUGUGAAGUUUAAGUAGAUAAAUUUUUUGAUGGAUAUACUGAAAUUAAUUAAAAUUAUUAAUUUUAUCAUAUAAUGAAAAACGGAAUGUGUAAUGGUAGAAUUUUAGCUUCUUUUUAACUUUUUAAAAAAGAUCAAUAAAUAUAAACUGAUUACACUAAUGAAUAUAUAGGUAAAAUAUUAGAUAGUAAUUAAUUUAAUUUUACUUAAAUAAUUUUUCCUGUUAUUGGAAUUAGAAAUUUGCCUUUCCCUUUAAAAAAUCCAUAAUUGAUUCUAAGAAUUGCAUAGCCUGAUUUAAAAUUCUCAAAAAUAGAUAUUUUAUAGAAUUAGUAAGAUCAACCACAAUAUGCACCUUCAAAUAAAUUAUAUUCAAAUCCCAAUUUCUGUUAUUUAUUGAAAAAUCAUAUUUCUGAACCAAUUAAAAUACCUAUUGAUGUUCGUUUUUUGCCUUAAUUAGAAAUUGAAUUAAGAGAAAAAGAUAAUUUAUAAAAUUAAGUUAGAUAUUAUACAGCUAUUAAUAUUAUAUAAUUUAUACCUUGGAUAACAAAUAAUGUUUAUUAUAGUGAAGUAAUGUAAUUAUUUGAAAUGGGGAAAAUUAGCCAUUUGAUAAAUUUGUAAGAAAAUAAAGAAUUAAUAUCAUAAUAAAUGUGUGAACUUAAAUAAAGAUCAAAUGAUAAAGAUAAUAGAAAUAUUCUUGAUGAAAAUUUUAGAAAAAGUGUUGAUGAAUUUAUUAAUUUAGAACAUAAUUAAAAUACUCUAAAUACAAAAAUUGAUAUUUAAUAAUAAGAUUAAUUACCUUUAAAUUAAGCAAAAGAAGAAAAAUAAUAAUUAAUUGCUUAAUAAGAUUAAUAAUAAUAAUCUGUUUACAAUACUUAUAAUAAUAUUACCAAUAACAAUGAUGAAAAAGUUCUUAGUUUAUCUAUGAUUUCUUAAAAAGUUUAACUUUAAAAUUCCGAAGAAAAUUAAUUAUAAUUAUCGAGUUAUGAUUUAGUUUAGUCUUUUAAAAAUGCAUAAUUUUAAAGAUCUAUUAAAUUUGAAAAAAAUUAGGAAGAUGAAUAACUAUUUUAAUUAGAAAGAAAUUAAUAAAUUAAUGAACUAAAAAAAUAAUUAAUUGAAUUAAAUACUUCCAAAUAAGAAACCAAAUAAUAAUAAUUAAAGAUUUUAAGAGAUAUUGAGACUAUAAAAAAACAAAAAGUUGUAGAAAGUUAAUUUCUCGAGCAAGAUGAAGAUUAAGUUUUAGAAAAUUUUGAUUAUGGAAGAGAAGUUUAAUUUUAACCAAUGUCUUAGUUAUUAUAAAAAAAUAUUCCUUAUUUAUAAUUUCCUUUAUUUUAAAUAGGAAAAUCUAAUGGAGGAUAAGGAAUACCUACAAAUGCUGUAUUAAAAGCUCAUUUAAAAAUAAAAAAAAUAUCCGAAGAAGAAGUAAAUUAAGAAAAAACAACAAGAAGGACUAAUUAAAAAAAUUAAUCUUAAGAAAACUCGAUACGAUCAAUCAAAUCAGUCAAAUCAUAUACUUCAUCUAAUUUAAGAAAUACAACAUUAUUAAAUUAAUGUUUAAUAAAAUACAAACUAGAAGAAGAUGAUUAAUAAUAUCCUUUUGACAUUUUCAAAAAGGAAUUUUUAUAAUUUUUUAGUUAAUAAUAUCCUUUAAAACUUCGUGUAUAUAUUCUCAGAUGUACAAAUUUGAGCGCAUAAGAAGAAAGAAUCUAAGCUUAUCAUCUUUUAGCAGGUUUAAAAGCUACAUGUUCUGCUUCUGCAUAUCCAAUGCUUUAAGUAGGUACAGGGAAGUCCGAAUAGGGGAGAAUUGAUAUUGUCAAAAUGAUAAAAGAUGACUAAUCGGUUGCUAAGGAUACUUUGAAUCCUGAAUUUUUCAAAAUGUACGAAUUGGAUGCUUUUUUACCAGAAGAUUGGAAUUUAAUAGUUAAUAUAAUGAAUAAAGGAACCUUAAUGGAUUCUUUAAUAGGAUAAUUUGAAAUUGAUUUAGAAGAUAGGGUACUAGGGUAGACUGAUUUGAGAAAAAAAUAACAUAUGAAGUCUAUUUAAAUAAAUAUUAAGAUUAAGUAGAAAUUCUUAAAUAUAAGUAAUAAGAUGGAACAGGAGCAAAAAGAGAAAAAUAUGAAACUUAAACAUCCUUGUAAAAAAACAUGUUAAGGAACAGUAGAAAUGUUUAUUGAACCUUUUCCAGUUGAUAUAGCCAGAAUAAUAGAUCCUUCGAAUAUAUAAAAGCCUUCUCCUUUAGAAUUCGAGAUAAGAUUAAUUGUUUGGGAAGUAUUUAAUGUUCCUCUUAAUUAAGAUAAAAAACCUUUAAGCAUGUAUGUAUCAGUAGCUUUAGAUGGAAACGCUAAUAUUAAUGGAGAAGAAAUUAUUAAACAAACUGAUGUUCAUAAUGGUUCAGAAGAUGGUAAUGGAGUUUAUAAUUAUAGAAUGGUGUUCCCAUUUUGUAUUCCAUGUCUUUUUCCUAGAUUAAGAAUUUAAGUUUUUAAUUUUUCAACUGUUGGUUCAGAUGAAAAUUUAGGAGAAACCGUUAUUACUUUAAAAAAAGCUUUAAGAAAGUUAAGAUUUGAAGGUUCUUAUUAAUUAUCUAGUACAAAAUAUUAAUUAGAACAUCCAUUACAUUAAGGUUCUAGGGGUGAAUUAUAAAUUUCAAUGAGUAUAGUUUCAAAAUAAUUAGCUGAAUCUUAACCUGUAGGGGAAGGUUAAGAUGAUCCUAAUGAAAAUCCUUUUUUGGAAAAACCGAAAGAAGGAAGAGGAAUUGCAAAUUUUUUAAAAGGAACUUCUUUUGAUUUAGGAUUGUGGAAAAUGAUCGGGUGGAAAUUACUUAUUUAUUUAGGAGGUGCUUUUUGUUCAAUUGCUAUUUCUCUUAUUUUAUUUUAUAAACCAGGAAUUUUAGUUAAAUGA